CGCGCCAGUGUUUUCAGUCGGAGAGUGUUGAGCGGCUGGUGGGCAGCUCAAAAAACAUAGAGGGGAAAAAAAAGCCAGAGAAGUGCCAUGUAGAGAUUAAAACAGAUCAAAACCAUAUAAAAAAAAAUCAACCUUGUCCCAGUCCCCUCCUUAAUCAGCCGUCAACCCUGUGCUCAGAUUUAUUACUAAAGAUCUCCAGAAGAAACUACUUUCCUGUAAGAAAAUUUAGACACCAGAAAAGAGGGCAUUGAAAAGUGAAAAGGAUCUCUAGGGGAAAACAGCAUUUUGUGAAGCAGAGAGAAGCUUCUCCUGAACCCUUUUGGAAAUUGUAAUGGAUGAAAUCUGAACAGACUUGUACAGGUUGACACUGAACUUGGAUAAAUGAACUUGGUGAUUGAGAAGUGAAACUUCUCGGUGAAUGUAGUGGAAUGCAGUAAGCGAGGGGUAUCACAUGAAUAGCUCUAUGAAAAAUGUCCGCCUGCAACGCCUUCACUGAACACGUGUGGAAACCUGGUGAAUGCAAGAACUGUUUUAAGCCCAAAAGUUUGCAUUGUUUGUCUGCAGCCUCUGAAACCCCUCCUCUUUCAUGUAAGAAUUUAAAAACUAAUGCUAACCAUAGCAACAAUCACCGGGGUAGGUCAGGCACAGGUAACUUUCGACCUCCUGUUGCCAAGAAGCCAACAAUUGCUGUGAAGCCCACCAUGAUGGUCAUCGAUGGACAAACUGUGAGUACAGAAAUGGAGGUAGUGGAAAGCUGUGAAAAUAAGCAACGAUGGAAUAGGAAUGGUGUCCUUCUCAAUAGGAAACCAGUGAACAAUAACAAUGAAGAGAACAACGGCAAUUCUCAAAGGGCUUGUAACCCAGACAGAGUUUUUAACGAUAGAAUGCCAAACAACAAUAAUAAUGGAUUAACUGAUGUAUUGAAGGAAAUUGUUGGAUUUGAGCCUGAGCCACAUUUGCAAAGCAAAGUAUGUGAUAGAGAGUCUUUUCUUGGAAGGAUCAACAAAUGUUAUCAACGGUCCCUGGAAAGGAAGCUUCCUCCUAGCUGUAUUGUGGCUGGUAUGAGAGAGAAUGCAGGUAAGCGUGUAAUGCUCAGCAGCAGCUCUGAUAUCAUUAGCAAUGAAGGAGGACUCUUUUGCUACCCAGAUUGGUCCUUUAGCAGUGAUCAAGGAGUGGAUAAUGAAGCAAGUGAGAAUGCAACAGAAGAGCGAGAAAGUUGGGAUGAAAGUGAUGAAGAGCUGUUGGCAAUGGAAAUACGUAUGCGUGGUCAACCACGUUUUGCUAAUUUUAGGGCUAACACACUCUCGCCUGUCAGGUUCCGUGAUGGUAAAAAGUGGAACACAGUGCCAUUACGAAAGCAGUCAUUGCAGAGAAUUUGUGCUGUUGACUAUGAUGAUAGUUACGAUGAAAUUCUAAAUGGCUACGGUGAUGAAACGUUGAUCCCAUAUGGUCAGGACAGUAUGCCAAGCAUAUUAUCUUCUGAAUCUACAUCUCCUGAUUCCUCAAUGACAGAGGGGUCUCAAGCUGGGACAACCAAAACUGUGCAUCAACAACUUUGUAAUGGUGAUCUUACUUCAAGUGACUGUAAAAACACCAAGUUUAUUGAACCAGAUUACGAAAGUAUAAGUGAAAACGGACAGAUUUCCCAAGUAAAGCAAGCUCCAUUUAAACCAGCAAGAGGCACAGCAGCAAAGUCUCUGGAAACUCAUAAAGCUGUUCUUGCAUUGAGGUUGGAAGAGAAGGAUGGAAAGAUAGCCCUACAAAGUGAGAAGCAGGAAUUCACAGUGAAUUCCACAGAAAGUUCUGGGCAAACUGUGACAAUUAACAUUAUCCCAAAGGAAGAACAAGCAAAGCCUUACAGAGUUGUGGAUUUGGAACCACCAGGUAUGUGUAAACCAUACACUGUAGUUGAUGUAUCUGCUGCAAUGAACAAUAAAAAGACUGACAGUUCAUCUGAAUCUCUUCAAAGUACAAAAACUUCACCAGUGAGUGCAAGCCCACCAACGUCACUCUCAAGCCAGAUAAGCAACCAGAAAAAGUCAAGUAUUACCAGGUAUCAGGAGGUGUGGACUUCUAGCACUAGCCCUCGACAGAAAAUGCCCAGGGUGGCUUUAAUGUCAAGUAGUUCUGGUCCUACUCCCCCUCCAAGACAAAUGAGUCAUAAAUCAGCUCCUACUUCACCAACUACUUCAAAUGCUACUUCAAAAACUAUUCCUGUAAAGUCUCCAAAUCUGUCUGAGAUCAAGUUCAAUAGUUACAAUAAUGCUGGAAUGCCCCCUUUCCCUAUCAUCAUACAUGAUGAACCAACAUAUGCGCAGAGUUCAAAACACAAGGCUAUAAAAGUGCCAAUAGUAAUUAAUCCAAAUGCUUAUGACAACUUGGCUAUUUAUAAAAGCUUCUUAGGUCCAAGUGGAUCACAUUUGAAAAAGGAAGCCUUAGAAAGUGUGGCAAGUCAUACAUAUGAAGAAAUUGGAUCAACAGUAAGAAAAUCUACAGAUUUGCCUCCAGCAAAAGGACCAAGCACUAGCACAGAACGAAAGGCAUUUGGCUCUGUUGCGCAGAAAGUGCAGGAGUUCAACAAUGCUCAAAACAAAGGACAAAUUCUGUCACAGUCCUCGCCACAUAAAAGCUUCGGAUCCAAUCACAGCUCUCCUUCUAGGAUUCAGAGAACUACUCUAGACUCACCAGCCAGAAAGGAAGAGACACCAGAGAGGCAGACAUCAUCAGGAAGCAGGGAAAAUGCCAGCACUGUGCUUUCCCAAAUUGUUGCAUCUAUUCAGCCUCCACAGAUGCCACCUGAAAAUCCCCAGACACAAUCCAAAGCCAAUAGUGCAGAAGAACUUUACUCUCAGCCACCUGCUAUCUUAGAAGGCACAGGAGAUGUUCACGUCCGCCCAAAGUCAUUAUUUUCCUCGCAAGCAAAUAGUGAAACAGAAGUGUCCAAAGUGAUGGACAGCACAUUUGCAAAAGGACAAAAAGAAAGCAUUCUAACAAAGCAGGUCACUGUCCCCACUUCUAAGCCAAGUACUUUACAAUCUCCUGGUGCACCCAGCUCAAGCCCAAAGAGUGAACAACUACCCCCAUUUCCUCCUCCACGUUCUACAUCAUCCCCUUACCAUGCUGGCAAUCUUCUUCACAAACACUUCAGUAACUGGGGGAAGCCAACUAGCCCUGCACGUACACCUGAGAUUGAAUCCGCACCGCUGAACCCAGAGGGUCGCCAACGCUUACAGGACGCCAAACCAAAACGAUGGAUCUCUUUUAAAAGCUUCUUCCGUCGCCGUAAAACAGACGAGGAGGAGGACAAAGAGAAAGAUAAAGACAAAUUAAUCGGACUGAAUGGACGGGUGAUACACAUGCUGCCACCGCCCCCGAUACAACGACAUCACCUUUGCAGUGAUCAGAAGAUAUUAGAACCAACUGAGAAGCUGACCACCAUACUGAAUUAUAAACAGGAGCUUGGACUGGAUGCUAUAAAGACUGAGGCUGACAAACUGGAUGUCACUGGAAUGGAUACUGAAACUCCUUCUACUGCCAGUGAAGCACAGAUUAUGAUAUCUGGAUUACAAGACGAUGAAAAGCCGACGAUGGGUCUUGCUGAAAGUGAAAAAGAAAUUGGCUGUCUAAGCAGUCAAAAUUCUCCCCCACCUCCUCCACCAAAGAAAUGUAACAACAGCCUGCCGGGUGAGGUGACCGUUGAAGACAUGCCACCACAAGUAUCAGAAGUUCAAAGAUCAGCACCAUCGAACCAAGAGACACCUGGUACAAUGACUUUGCUGGUCACUGCAGGAUCUCAGGACGAUAAGGAAGCAGGCAGUGACUCCACUGACGAAAGUAUCAGCAGUGCUACUUACAGCAACUUGGGGCAAUCACGGGCUAACAUGAUACCCCUGAAGCAGCCAAGGCAAGUGAAAGGAGCUUCAGAUGAUGCCAUUGCAUUUGUGGGAUCUAUGGAACAGGAAAUCAUGUCAGAGAGCCAACCAACACCACCGCCACUUCCAAAGAAAACCAUAAUCCGUGCAAACACUGAUCCCACAUCAAAGGACUAUGCCCAGAAAAAAAUAGAAGGAAGAAAUUCUGGACACAAUGUGAACUUGGCAAAUCCAUUGUAUGACGUAGAGUAUCCUGGUGAUGCAAACUGGGAUGCGUCAAGUGCUUGUUCCUCGCUCAGUUCAGAUGCCAGACUCUGUGACAACGAGUCAGGUGAUUCACUGGAAAGAGCAGUGAGCAAAUCGAUGACAAAGACCAGAGCAUCAUCAACAGUCAACAGUACGUGCAGCCUCACCACGAGCAGCUGUAGGGAAGGGUACUCAAACAGCUUGGAUUCACUCUCUGAGAAGAAUCGUAUUCCUCAGAGACCUGGUAAAAGUAUACAAAAGCCACAAAGGCAUACGCUGUACAAAGGGAUCGAGAACAAAGAGGAGGUAAUCAUGAAGAUUCGAAACCUCCAUACAGACUCACUGCGGAAACUGGCAGCUAAAUGUGAGGACAGGUUUAUGGAAGGCCAGAAGAACCAGCUUCGCUUUGGAUUGGACAACUGGUCAGACUUCAGACUGACGAGUGAUAAACCUUGCUGUGAGGCAGGUGAUGCAGUUUACUACACAGCUUCCUAUGCUAAGGAUCUUCAUAACCAAUAUGCGAUCAAGAUUUGUAAAAGUCAAGCUAAAGCAUCCCAACAGCUAUACUACCACAGUCUGGCUGUAAGACAGAGCCUUGCUGUUCACUUCAACAUCCAACAGGACUGUGGGCACUUCCUAGCUGAGGUCCCAGUCCGUAUGCUUCCAUGGGAGGAUCCCAACGCCCCAGUAUUAGAAGAGGAGGAAAAUGAAGAUAGCUCAGAUGUUUCAAGUGCCAUAAAAAGCAACAACCCCACCUGCAAGGGAGCGUCCAGUAAACACAGAAGCCGAGUGGUGGUUAUCACUCGAGAGGUCCCAUACCAGACUGUUGCUGACUUUGUGCGUGAGUCAGCACCACGGCACACCAGAAACCCUGAAAUGUAUGAGCGACAAGUGUGCUUACUAUUGCUGCAACUCUGUGCUGGCCUUAAUCACUUAAAGCCACAUCAUGUUACACACUGUGACUUGAGGCUGGAGAAUUUGCUUUUGGUGCGAUGUCGACAAGGAACCUCAGGAAAUUGUGAAUCUGAAAACACCAAUCCAAAUGCACAAUUGGCCCGACUGAUUGUCAGUAAUUUCUCCCAGGCCAAGCAGAAAAGUCAGGUGGUAGAUCUUGAAGCCUUGAAGGAUCAGUCUCGGCUAGCUCCUGAGAUCAUCACCAUCACUCAGUACAAAAAGUGUGAUGAGUUUCAAACAGGUAUACUCAUUUAUGAGAUGUUGCACCUACCUAAUCCAUUUGAAGAAAACCCAGAACUCAAAGAGAAGGAAUACACUCGAACAGACCUACCUGCCAUCCCUAUACGCUCUGUCUACUCCCAGGGGCUGCAGCAGCUGGCAAGUCUUCUCCUGCAUCCUAAUCCCUCAGAGCGCAUCCUCAUUUCAGAUGCCAAAGUCUACUUGCAGUGCCUCCUAUGGGGACCACGCGAUGACUUGCUACAGACACUCAACUCCCUCAACAGCACUGUAGAGAGAAAUAAUGUAUUGCAAAGCUGGCUGGACCUAAAACGAACGCUACUUAUGAUCAAAUUUGCAGAGAAAGCCAUCGAUACAGAGUGCAGUGUUAACCUUGAGGUCUGGCUUUGUUGUCAGUACUUAGCCUUUGCUUCAGUGGAAUCCCUCAGUCAUAUUGUGAAGCUCCUCCAGCUCCAGUAACCUGUGUGACUGCUGCUUGCUUUCCCUUCCUGGCCUUCCUCUUCCCUUCUCUCCUACCAAAUUUGGAUUAAUGUGCAAUUUUUUGUAAAUGUUCUGACUUUGUAAAUGGCAGUAUUUAAAGUGUAUGUAAUAGAUUUCUACAUUUUGGAAUGUGAUGCCUACAUUAAGCAACAAAUAUUUGUUAUUUUUUUUCUUAGGCACAUAUGCAAGCUCUAACUUGCUCUUACAAUGGAUGCUUGGAUGUUUGUUGAUGAAUCUAUGACAAUUUGUAUGUUUACUUAUAUCAUGCCUUGAAAAAACAAAACUACAGCCACUUUGUGAAAAGUGCAUUAAUGGGUCAGUUGCACAAAAGCAGAUUGUCAAACAAAUGUAAUCUUUUGGGCUGCUAGGAGCGGAGAGAAAAUAUUUGCUGUCAGACAACUUGUUUUGCUGAUCGAAGUCUGGUCGCUGCUCCAUUGUAGAGUGGUGUCAGUGGCAAUCACGGAGGACUUGGAACCCCAUGUCGUCGUGUUAUGAUAUCCCAACUAAAACACUAAGAAUACAAAAACAAACCAGGGUGAAAAGAUGGGAGUUAAGUGAAAGUGGAGCAUGGUGGUAUUAAGUAUGUUGCUGUUUAGGGAUGCAGCAUUAGAAUUUGUGCAAAUCUUUUCACUGUAUGGUGGUCAUAUCUUUGGAAGUCUUUCUGGUGAUAGCUACUUGAUGUGAUUUCAUUGCACUUAAGAUAGGCGUAAUAAAACUCAAGCAUGGCUUUUUAUACAGAAUCUAUAUUUCCUGUCUCUGCCAGUUUUAUUUUUGCAGUAAAAAUGUAGCUUAGUUUAGCUUUCAAAAUAAUAAAAAAGUCAUUUUAGCAUAAUAACAAUUUAACAAUUCCUUGCUUGGAUUAUUUAGUACUUGGAUUGUUUGGAUUUGAAGGCAGAUCAGUGAGUUUGGCAUCAUUUGACUGAACAGGAGACUCCAAUUAACAGCAGUAAACAGCACUGGUAUCUCUUCAGAAAAUUUUUAGUUAGUAUACUGUCUCUUCCUGAAUGUGUCAGUACACCUCAUGGAAAUUUAGGGCAAUACCAUGAAAAUUGUAGCCAAAGGGUGCGAAUAAUCACAAAACAAAUGUAGUUUCUGAAAUGGAACAUGAGGUCAACCUGGAUGUUGCCUGUUUGCAGCAUUACCAGUGCCCUGUGAAGAGUACAAUGAGUAGGCUGCAUCUUCAGUUCAAGUGGUAUACUGUCCUGAAUUGUGCUGCCAAGUUUCCUUUCAUGGAACAGCCUGUGUGACACAUUUGUUGACCGUAAUUCUAAUCCACCCUGUGUUCUGAAGUGACUGUGUGUAUAUGUGGAAAGUUUUUCCUAAUCAAGUAUAUAUUUUUCUUAGUACACAUUAAAGGGGAACAGUGACAUCAAUAUAUCCGCAUUGCUUUACAGUAAUUUAACUGAUCAGAAUAUUUGUCAAAAGAGGCAAAAGACUUUGAUUAUUCUUUUUCUGCCAUGCUAUCAUAUGCUAUAACUAGUUGUCUAUGGCUUUAAGUGAUCUCAGGCUUGAGUACCGUAACUCUAACCAGCCCCGAGUAGGUAAGAUUUCUGUUUUCCUCAUUUAAUGAAACCAAAUAAAACCUCAGCUAAAACUGCAGUUUACCCAGUUAUGUGGAAUAAGUGGGAGCUGGGAUGCAAUGCUUUUGUUUCAACUGACUGCCAGCAAACGGAGCAGUCAUAUUCUUGUGUCUCCAGCCCCUUGUGCUUCAGAAUAACUCUUCAAAUGUUAUUGUAUGAAUAUUUCACUGAUAUUACAUGACAUUCUUUUUAGAUUCCUCCUUUUAAAAGAAAGUAAUUACAAAAUCAAACGUGCUAAAGUCUGCAUUAAAAUGAUCAAUAAAAUAACUUCAUACAAUUGUUGGCAUGCUUAUAUGUCAACUUAAGGUUCCUGUAUCACUAUCAAGAUCACACUUAAGUUGUGAAUGAAGCCAAUUCAUGCUGCAAAGAUUUGUGGCUUUCUGUUACUGAAUGAAAUUUUGGCUUUAUAUAUUUCACCUUCAAAUGGUGAACGUUAAUGAAAUUGCAUGUACCAGAGAGCAAAUUGCGUUUUGUAGCCACCCCUAAUGUAAGUGUUGCCCCUUAGGCCAACUGUCAUAAUUUCUCACUGAAAUCUGCAAAAUAUAUCUGCCUUGAAUUUCAAUAACCUCUGUAAGUUCUUUCCCAGACCUAAGUUAUAUAGAAUUGUAGGUUGUGCUUUCUCCCCAUUUGCAGUGUGAAAUAAUGACCAUCACCACUUGACAAUUGCCAUCAUUUUAACCACUUGAAAGAAUGGGGAUAUUUGUCAGACUCAUUUGUUUACAUUGAAUUCCUGUGGCUAGUCAGGGCAGUGAAAAUGCUGGGAGGUUUACUGGUAUUUUACUAAUUGGCUGGAAUAUAUAAAACCUAAUACUUCUCCUCGGUGAUUUGAACCUCCAUCUUAAUUCUUCAUGUGCUUUCUCUCUCUCUCUCUCUCUCUCUCUCUCUCUCGCUAUAAGAUUCAGGCCAUCCUACCCUUCUCUUGAUCUCUCCAUAAAAGCAUUCCAAUUUGUAUUCACAGCUGCAACUUCCCCCUCACACCAAAGACACGCACAAAACUGUGACAUCUUGCAUUGUCUUUCUGCUCUCAUGGUUUCGUUCAGAGAUUCGAUCACUUACUUCCCUAACGUCUCCUUCCUUUUUUGUUGUCUCUGUUGGGGGAAAGAAACACUGUCUCCCAAUUCACUUACAAUUGCACUUUCAAAAUCCUAACUGCCUGGCCUUCUGUCCACCAGACGCAGCUACCAAUCUGUUAAUGCUUUUGUUGUCCUGGUCCCCAUGAAAACUACUUGCCCCUCGUUCUGGUGGAUCCUUCAUUUACAAUACAUUAUAUUGAAGGGACACAGACCUUAAUGAAUAUGGUAGACAAAAACCGAAAGAACUGCGGAUGCUGUAAAUAAGCAACAAAAUACUAGAAAUUGCUGGGAAGAACUCAGCAGGUUUGGCAGCAUCUGUGGAGAGAAAUCAGUGUUAACAUUUCAGGACAAAUGACCCUUCUGUUUGGAAAAGAUGGCCAACUGAUUUAGCUAUUCAUUACCAGAUUGUUGUGGAGUGGAAUGGAUUUCUCCUUUGGAAACCAUUUCCUUACAUCUUCCCAUAUUCUCCACCCUUACUCUGUGUGGUGAUAUCACUAGAUUGUUAUUUAAAUUGAGACCAUUCAAUUUGCUGCCUCUGCUGCUUCCCUCUCUUCCUACUUACCCAUUAGACUCAACUUCAGGUUUCCUUCCAACCCCAGCCUAAACAACUGUAUUUCUCUAGUUUCUCUCUUCUCAACCUCUUCCAGCUCGUAAUGUCCUCAAGACCCACCUCCUUCCUGAAUCUAUUCUCAUUGAACAGUUUCUUCCCUAUGUUCAAUUCUAGUGAAUUUUAAUUGUUCUGUCUCCUCAGGUACUAUUUUCCUUUGCUGUCAUUAUCUUUCUUUCUCCUUUAAAAACCAUGCUUAUGAUCCCUGUUUUGCAAAAUUACAGCCUUCUUUCUAACCUCUCUUUCCCUUCCAUAGUCCUUUAACAUGCCAUCACCUCCCAAAUCUGUUUCCCUUUUCCAGAACUGUAUAUCUGAAACUCACAUUGUGUCUCCUCUCUGUACCAGAAAGAUUCUUACUGAUGUCCCAACAAAACCCUGUUUCAAUGCACCAAAGCUGAAUGUCUUCAUCCUUCAUGAACUGUCUUUGCCGCCUUUGCCUCUAUUCCUGAUAAAGAGCUUUUGCCCAAAAUGUCAAUUUUCCUGCACCUUUGAUGCUGCCUGAACUGCUGUGCUUUUCCAGCACACUCUAAUCCAGCUUUUGCCAUGUUUGGCCACAUCCUCCUCUUGCAGUGCCUAUCCCUCAUCCAACUGAAUGGAACUGCAUUCACCCCUGGUCUAUUUAUGUAUAUCCAACCAUCGCCAGAGAAUCACUUACAAUGGCUUCAUGUUCUCACACCAUUACCUUUCUCAUCCCUAAGGAUGUAUUGUUGGUUGUGUCUUAUUUAUCACCUCUAUGAUGCCUUUCAGUGUCCAGGCAGAAAUUGAUGCUGCAGAUAAUGCGAUGCAGUUCUACCUCCCCUCUCUGUCUUGUGUUCUCUCUGCCAUCUUGAAAUUGUCAGACUGUUUGUCGCCCUAUAUUAUUAAAGGAGUUGAAAUUUCCACCAACUGAAUAUUGGAUGAACUCUCUUGACUAACUUCAACCUGUGACAACUGACGUUGAACAAGACUGCUCACAACUUUGGUGCCAUAUUUGACCUGAGAUGAGCUUCCGAAUACAUCCAUGCCUUUACAGUGGCUCAGCACUGCUGCGUCACAGCACUAGGGUUCAAUUCCAGCCUCAGGUGACUGUCUGUGUGGAGUUUGCACAUUCUCCCUGUGUCUGUGUGGGUUUCCUCUGGGUGCUCCGGUUUCCUCCCACAGUCCAAAGGUGUACAGACCAGGUGAAUUGGCAAUGCUAAAUUGCCCCAUAGUGUUAGGUAAAUCAGUCAGCGGGAACUGGGUCUGGGUGGGUUACUCUUCGGAGGGUCGGUGUGGACUGGUUGGGCUGAAGGGCCUGUUUCCACACUGUAGGGAAUCUAAUCUAAUCUUCACAAAGACUGCCUUUUCCACAUCUGUGUUAUCAACUAAUUUCACACCUUCUACAGCUCAUCACCUGACAAUAUACUCAUACAUAUCUUAGGUUCUUCUACAUUUGACUAUUCCACUUCACUCCUAUCCAGGCUGACAAAUUCUUCCUUGAGAUAAAUGAGAAUUUGCAUCCUAGCUUACUCUGAGCCACAUUCUCAAUCGCCCCACUGCCUCCUGACCUGCACUCAACGUGGAAAUGACUCUAUAUUUUAAACUUCUCACACUGGUUUUCAAAUCCCUCCAAGGCCCUGCCCUCAUUUAUCUCUAAUUUCCAGCCUAUAAGCUCCAAUUCUGGCUUCUUGAGCAUUCCCAAUUUUAUUCCACCAUUAGCAACUGUGGCUUCAACUGCCUUAGUCCUAAACUUUGGAAUUUUCUCCCAAAUCUCUGCCUCCCUCCUUGCUCACCUUUGAGAUACUCCUUGAAAGCUACCUCUUUGAUCAUGUGCCCAAAUAACUCCCUAUUCAGCACUAUCAAACUUUGUUUGAUCACGUUGCCAUGAAGCACUUCAGGAUGUUUUACUAUGAUAAAGGUGCUCCCUAAAUAGAAGCUUUUUUGUUUAAACUGUGCAUACUUAACUACAUGUGUUCAAACUAUUGAGGAAUUUAUUUGAUAGAGCAUUAGCUGUCUAAAUUUCUCUUGGAAAUGCUGCUGGUGGAAUUGUUUUAAAUGCAUGGAAAACUUCUUGAACUUUGUAUUGUCCUGAGAUGUAAAGCUAGGCAUUACAAGUUUUUGGCCCCAUAUUUAUUUCUUGUUUAUGGUGCAAGAGUGUUUGCUAACCUUUGAACUUUCAAAUGAAUGUCAAACUUGCAAAGACUAAAGUCAUAAUGAUCCCAUGCCAACUCUUAACCGAACUAUGGUCAUGGGGAAAAGGUGGCUACCAAAGUGUACUAGUGAGUGAAGUGCCUGAAUAUAGAGUUGGUAUAUGGACAGCAGUAUUAGAAAAGAAAUAGCACAUAAUGUAACUCAAUAGAUCUAUUUUUGGUAUACAGAAUCUGAGAGCAUUAAUGUGCUUCUGUCAAAACUAGCCAAAUUACUUGCGUUUACAAAACUAGUUCUUACCAUUUAUAUAUAUUUUUAUAAAUGUUUAGUUCCUUUAGCUGAAUGGUUCUCAACAAAUAUGCUUCCUUGGCAUUAAGAUUAUACAUUGCCACUUGAUAUUCUGCCAGUGUGAAAAUUUUAAACUUCCUAAAUACAGGAGUUUAUCAUUGAAUUGAAGAUAUGAUGAUGUAGAGGGAUAGCACCUCCCAGGCCAUACUUGGAAGUAUACCACUGGUCAAGUCUUGGAAUGUCCUAACAGCCCUGUAUAUCUGUACCACAAGGACUGCAGUGGUUCAGGAAGGGGACUCUCCACCACUUUUUGAAGGCAGUUAGGAAUAGUCAGUGAGACUGCAUUCUGUGAAUGAAUUGAAAACAGACACUGUUCCAAGUCCUGGAAAAAAAUCUCAUUAAUUAUGAGAGGAGUGUUGAAAUACACAUUCUGUACUGAAAGCGUUAAUUUAUCAAGUUGUCAACUUUGAGAGCUGCAGGUAUUUUGCAGCUUUUUUUUGACAUUCACCUUUUUACAUCCUGUUUCUAUUAAUAGUACAGUCCAGAAAAGAUUGAAGAUUGCCUUAUUUUGUUAAGCCAUUUGUUUUAUCUUAAAGCAAUUAUAGGGGGGCGGGGGGGAGGAAGUUGUUUGAGAUGGUGCCUUUUUGUAGCUGCCUUAGAAAACAAUCAGAUUUUUGUGUGCAACUGACCCAAAGACUGCACAUAGCUUUCUGUAUUCUGUACUGCUGAUGAGAGGAUUCUGUUUGUUUGUGAAAAUGCAUCAGUAUUCAUAUAGUCUAGCCUGGAUUUACUGUAUUACAAUAAUCAGUGUACGUAUUCUGCAACACCCUGCCAUUCCAGAACUUGUGUUCUGCUGCUUUGAUUUGUUGGCUGAAAACUGAGGUAUGUGGUGUGAAUUGUAGUACUUUAAAAAAUGGGAGCUGAAAUUCUAAUCUGGUGUGAUUUCUGUAAUCGUUCAAUUGUCACAAUCAUGUAAAUGGAUAUGUUUUAUUAAAAAAAU